AUAGUUUUUGAAAUUUACCACGUGCCGCAAGGAAGGUUCACCGGAAUCACCACGCCUCACCACCACCUGGAUUUCUCGCUCGCACAUACACGUUGAUGACCUCGACCUCAAAUAUAUCGCGGUUUCGCUCUGGCGACAUGCCCAAGCCAGAAGACGGAUUAGCGGAAUGGGCGAGCAAAAUCAAGGCCAUGCAGCAGCAAGUAGAUGCAGAUGAAGAGGCGGAACAGAGGAAGCUCGAGCAGGAAAUUGCUGCGUCACGGCUAGCAAGGCAACGAAGAAGUAGGGGUACUGGCUAUGGCAGUCGUCAUAAUAGCACGGAUUUGGCCAAGAAUCAGGACUGUAUCACAUCUCUGAAGGACAACACUCCCUCUGACGUUGAUGAUGCGAAAUCGAUUACCGAGCGCCAGCAGGGUCAGGUUGCUGCUCUACGCAAACUCACGGGCGGUGGAACCUCACCAAUUCAUCAGGAACCCGUUCACUCUGCCUCUUCAUCCAAACAGUCAUUUCCUUCUUCUGGCCACAGAGCCGAGCCGGUUUCUUUGGCUGCUUUUAUGGGUGGACGGGCCACUGGUCCUAGGCUCAAUAAACAUGCGCCCCAACAGGAUGCACACGACCCGGCGCAGUUUGAACAACGGACUAAGAUCGAUGCCCCCCAUCCAGUGUUUGGAAGUGGCGGAGUCGCCAUGCCUGGUAUGGUGCACGGUGGGAAGAGUUCACAGCGAGCUGUCGCCCCUAGUGACACGCGAGCGCGAAGGCCCAGCACCCCAUCUGCGGCAUCCUAUGUCAAUGAAAGGGAACGUUCUAUAUCCCCUCAAAAGACCGGGGGCCGAGACCGUACGAUAAGCACACCAUCUCGUCCUGCAAAUGCUGUGAAGUAUCAAGUAGAGCACCCACAGGAAAGGGAGCGUUCUGUGUCACCCCAGAAAUCUGCCAUGCGAACUCAAGAAAGAGAACGUUCCGUGUCGCCCCAGAAGACUGGGAGUCGAGAUCGCACGACAAGUACAUCGUCUCGUUCCACCAAUAACGUGAAGUUCCAGGUGGAGAAGAUGCAGGAACGGGAGAGGCCUGUGUCCCCACAGAAGACUGGAAGUCGGGACCGUACAAUGAGUACGCCCUCUGGCCCCUCUCACGUCGCAAGAGCUCGUGCAUCUUUGAGCUCCAUCUCUUCUGCUCCGUCCUCCAGCGCACCGAUGCCACAGAAAUCGUCGAGUACUCCGUCACAGAUACCAACUUCUCCUCCACCCCGCCCAUAUUCAACAGGCCGACUCUCCACGCCCUCUUCCCCUUCCGCGAGGGCCGUCUCGGUUGCCGUGCCGUCAUUGGCCCGGCCCAUCCAGCCGGCACCUCGUUCGUCGUUGGGCCCACAGAUACCCACAUCUUCGAGUCCGUCCCCUGCAUUCUUAAAGGCACCUGCUCCGAAGGAUCCUACUCCAAGCAUAAGUAGGCUGCAAGGGCGGGGUUUCGUGCAGAACAUGGUGAAGGCCAGUCAACACCUCGAAGGUCCUAGCUCUCCCCCACCUCUCGAGGCUCACCGCACAGGAAGUGGGCGGAAGGCGUCAGUUCUUGACCGGUGGCAGCCUGAGAACAUAAGAGCAACGUCGCCCUCCACGUCACCCCAAGCUCCUCCCAUGCGGAAAGCACGUACGGUGGGUCCUACAGAGACAACGACAGGAGGAUCCGAAUCUAAGGAACUCAGAUCUGUGCCUUCUCUUCCUUCUCUACGUACCUCUGCGGCUUCUCCUUCACGAGUUGACCUUUCUCGGAAAGGAACACCUGGUUUAGGCACGCCAGGAGUAGGAUCUGCCACUACCAUGAUGAUAUUUCAACCUUCCUCAACGGAUGACAAGUCCGUUCCUUUUCCCACCGUCGAUGAACUUGGAGUGCAUCGUACCGGAAGCAAGGAGGUGCCAGUGUUGUCCAGCAAGCCUCUGGUUCAUCCAACGAAAGAAAGAGCGAAGAAACCGCGCAAAGCCAAAUCAUCAGAACCUAGGGUAUUAGUUGAAGAGCCUUCGAGUCUUACAGAAGUACCAUCUAGUGCAAAUUCUGCAGUUGCAGCAACCAGUGCGUCUCCGUGGCCCAUCGACAAGUCGGGAUUAGAUGUACCCGGUCCAUCACCCGAGACCAAAGGGCAUCCCCUUUCACUAACCGAACGCUUUACUAAUGGCUCGCGGGUCACAGAUCGCUGGACCAGCGACGCCGUCAUUGGCGUCAAAGCUGCCUCUCGUACCCCUUCAACACCAGAGCCUGUCAAAAGGAUGGUGGGCCGUAAAGCUUUACCUGGCCUGACACCUACAGAAGUCAGCAUCGAUGUUAAUCCAAGCCUUCCAUCACCCUGUUCCCCCAAUGAAGAUAUGACGCGUUUAGGACCUGCAUUAACCACUGUCCCGAUUCCUUCACUGUCACCCAGCAGCCCCAAUUCACCAGGACCCUCUCGACAUUCACGCAUUCCUGUUUCUGGAAAUAGGCCUACGGUUAUGGAUGUCGCUCAAGCCUUCAGCGAGAGUACUUCCGUUGCUAGAUCCGAAACGCCAGUGUCUCCUCUCCCCGCCGAGAUAUAUGAACGCUCUUCAUCGAGUCCGCACUCGAGGCUGGGUCCUCAACCCAUUUCUCCAGUAGAGAAGCGUAAAUCAAGUUAUGAAAGAUACUCAGCCAUUGCAAUGCCACCUUUGAAAGAGGAAGCGACACCAGUUUCUUCACCUGCGGGAACUCUUUCACGCGGUGUUGUUGAAGAAGUUGUAGGGUUGGAAGGAAGACUUGAUGCCCAUGUCAACAACGAAGACAAGUCGCGCCAAUCCGAUAUGCCAGAUGAUAUUGUACAGCUUCACUAUACUGACGAGCCUCUCCCCCAUGUUGACAUUGGUCGAAUGGUCGCGAAAUCACCACCAACCCGCCAGGACGGAAGCGUUAACACCAUAUCCGUCGACGUUUUGAUCAUAUCGGGUGGUUCUGCGACAACCAUAACUCAAGAUAUCAAUGUAUUUUACGAUACUGAGGUCCUUGCGGUUGUUCAUCGUUCGAAAUCCAAGUCAAGUGGGCUUGCAUCGACAACAGUUUGGGCUUGGCAGGGAAAAGCAAGUCAGCUCAAAGAAAAAGAAGAACAGAAACUGAAGGAGCUUGCUGCUCGGUAUGGAUCUCACUACAUCGUUGUUCCUCAAUAUGCAGAGCCCACAGAGCUUCUGCGAGUACUGGAAAAUCAAUUAGCUAUCAGACAAGGAAGCAGGACUCAUUGGACUGCAGAGAAUACCACCAUGCAUGUUGUCCGUCAGAACGGCGAUGGGAUUAUUAUUGAUGAACUUGAUCUGAGUAUCAGAAAUCUGUGUUCUGGAUUUAGCUAUUGCGUAUCAGUUCUUGAAACUAUCUAUGUUUGGCAUGGUUGCGGUUCACUCGCUAGAGAGCGCCAGGCAGCAAUGCAGUACGCGAAUACCCUGGGAUUGAAUGUAGUAGAGCUUUCCAAUGGUGAAGGCGAUGACGACGAUAUGUUUUGGAUGAUACUCGGAGAGGAUGACUACGCUCAAGCUGACUACUGGAAGUGGAGGAGCUCCGCUUCUCAUAUCGAUCCUAGGAUCUGGCAUGUCAAUGCGACCCGCGGUGAAGAUGCGGUUACGAGAAUAUCCUUCUUCACACAGCAGUCCUCGAAAACUUCGGUGUUUGUAGUUGAUUGCGUCUGGGAACUUUUUGUGCUGGUCGGACAAGAUGCACGCACACAAAGACAAAACAUCAGGCUGGCAAUCUCUGUCGCUCAAUCGUUAGCGAAACUGGUUGCUGAUGAUCGCCCUUAUCAACCGACAGUCCACGUCUUGAUCCUCCCUUCUCAAAUCCCCUUGGAUCUUCGUUUACACUUCCGAGAUCUAGAUGAAGCAAGAUUCAACGAAAACAAUAUACCAGACCAUAUGAACCUUUUGUCUGUGGAUGAAGCUCUCGAGCAUCUUCAAACGAAGUCGUGGCAAAAAGUUGCUCUCAGCAAUACAACAAUGUUACCUCUCGGCAUCGACUCAUCACUAUUAUCAUAAUGACGCACAUGGAGAUUAUUUAUGCUAUGCUAUGGAACUAGGAAAUUCUUUAUGUGUAUAGUAACUACGCUGUCCCCUUCGUCAUAGUA